CAGCCUGCCGCCGCGGGCUCCGCGGCGGACCUCGUGAGGCCCGACGGCGCCGGAGGCGGACCGGAGACCAGCGCAGGCAUGCCCCGCCUCGGGGACGCAGAGGACGGCGGCGGCCCGGCGCCGCCGCUGGAGGCCGUGAGGCUUGUGGCACCCUCCGUGCCCCACGCCGCCCACGAGGGCGACGGCUCCGCCGGCUUCCGGGAGGGUGCCGCUGGGGGCCCCCCAUCCCGCAGCCCGAGUUCGGCCAGCGGCUUUGCUGGCGGCUUCGGCGCCGGUUUUGGCGUCGGGGACGCGGAGGGCUCGCAGCGGCCGCCCGGCCCGCCCGCUCGCGAGCCGCCGCCUGCCAGCGGCGGCCCAGG